CCGGGGAGGCGCGCGUUCCCCGAGCGCCCCUACGCGGAUCCCAGGCGCCUCCUCCGCGUGCUGGUGUCACCCCGGCGCCGCCGCCAAGGGCCAGGCUCCGACUGUCGCCGACAUCAGCCAGGCAGGACCAGGCCGCCUCCGGGACGAGCAGGCAGCUCGGCUCCCGCCCAGGGGCUGCUGGAACGCGCGCCCGAGGACGCAGUUUGUUUGGCAGUUGCUGCUGGACUAUGUUUCUGCUUCUGGUGGUACUCAGCCAGCUGCCCAGACUUACCCUCGCGGUUCCUCAUACAAGAAGCCUGAAGAAUGCUGAACAUGCCCCAGAAGGAGUCUUUGCAUCAAAAAAAGCAGCAAGCAUUUUUAUGCACCGUCGCCUCCUGUACAAUAGAUUUGAUUUAGAACUCUUCACUCCUGGGAACCUGGAGAGAGAGUGCUAUGAGGAGUUCUGUAAUUAUGAAGAAGCCAGAGAGAUCCUCGGGGACGACGAAGAAAUGAUCACAUUCUGGCAGGAAUAUUCAGUCAAAGGACCAACCACAAGAUCAGAUGUCAACAAAGAGAAAAUUGAUGUUAUGGGCCUUCUGACUGGCUUAAUUGCAGCUGGAGUAUUCUUGGUUGUUUUUGGCUUACUUGGUUACUAUCUGUGUAUCACCAAGUGUAAUAGGCAGCCAUAUCAAGGUUCUUCAGCUGUCUACACAAGAAGGGCCAGACACACACCAUCCAUCAUUUUCAGAACCCAUGAGGAAGCUGUCUUGUCUCCAUCGUCAUCCUCAGAGGACACGGGACUACCUUCCUAUGAACAGGCAGUAGCACUGACCAGAAAACACAGUAUCUCACCACCACCUCCAUAUCCUGGGCCAGCAAAAGGAUUUAGGGUAUUUAAAAAGUCCAUGUCACUCCCAUCUCACUAAGCCCACCUUGCCGCCUUGCUGUGGUCUGAAUAAUUUGUUCUUCCUGAAACAACAACAACAAAAAAAUUUGCCUGUUCAGUUUUUUAUGACAAAGCGCAAGGAAUAAAGGAACGAUAUAUACAGAACAGAAUUCACCACAGCCCUGCUUUCAGCUCUGCCCCCAACUGGAUUGCUGUCUUGGUAAGAGACUUCUACCAUGCUUCCUCGAAGUUAAGAAGAAAGUGCCUUUUUGCAAUGUAUACUGUACUGGUUCAAACAUUUUUGCUACAGCUAAGUGCCUAUAAUCCCCACAUUCAGGAGACUUAGGUGGGAGGGAUGAGAGUUCAAGGCCAGCCUGGGCCCUGUCAGGACGCUGUCUCAAAACAAAGUUUGUUAUUAAUAGAAUAAUUAGAAUUAACAAAGUAGGAAUUUUCAGUCUUAAGUCAUGAUAUUGGAUCUUCUCUUCAUUAAGAUUUCUUUUUGGCUAGAAAUACUUCAUAGAAUUUGACAUUUUGGUAUAAAUCUGUGGCCUUGAUACAAUCACUAGAUUUUCUGUUUUAAUUAGUGCAGAGGAUUCAGCCAAUUUGCAUGUCUUCGUUUUGUUCCCUCACUAUCCAUCGAUCAUGUUUCAGUGUAGUAAGAGGAAUCAGCUAGGCGUGGUAGCGCACACUUGUAAUCCCAGCACUCAGGGAGGCACAGGCAGGCAGAUCUCUGUGAGCUGAAGGACAGCCUGGUCUACAAAGUCCAGGACAACCGAGACCACACAGAGAAACCUUGUCUUGAAAAAAAGAGAGAGAGAGAGAGAGAGAGAGAGGAAAAAAAAAGAGAUGUCAAGAGAGUUUUUUUUUUUUUAAUUACUAUUCAUGGGCCUCACUUGGAAAAGUGCUUGCCAUGCAAAUAUAAGGACAUGAGUUCAAUCCUCAUUACCCACGUUUGAAACAAACAACAAGAAAAACAAACCAAAAAACCAAAACAAACAAAAUGUUGAGUACUUGAGUGAAUACUGGUAAUCUCAGGGCCACUGUAACUGAAUCAGGAGCCUCCAGAUUCGGGGAAACACUGUCUCAAUAAAUAAAUAAAUAAGUCAAUGAGGUGGUGCACAUCUUUAAACCCAGCACUUGGGAGCCAGAGGCAGGCAGAGCUCAGUGAGUUGGAGACCACAAAGCAAGUUCUAGGAGAGCCAGGGCACAGAGAAACCCUGACUCGAGGAAAAAAAAAAAAAAAAGUAGAAGAGGAGCUUAAUGGAAAAGCCCAUUCUUAGCAUGUACGAAUGUGUGCAGGACCCUGAAUUAGAUUCCGAGCACCAAAAUGAAACAAAACAAAUGUAUCAGAGUAAGACUUGUAAGUUUGGGGCACAUACUCGCUAACUACAUGCUUGUAUAUCUGAGUUCCUUUGCUUGUUACAGGGCAAGGAACGGCAAACUCUGCUUGUCACAACAGACCAUCUGCAACCCUUCUUUGUAACUAGAAGUAUUUUUUAAAGAUUUAUUUAUUUAUUGUUUAUACAGCAUUCUGCCUGAAUAGGCCUGCACACCACGAGAGGGCACGAGAUCUCAUUACAGAUGGUUGUGAGGCACCAUGUGGUUGCUGGGACUUGAGCUCAGGACCUCUGGAAGAGCAGCCAGUGCUCUUAACCUCUCAGCCAUCUCUCUGACCCAAUUAGAGGUAUUCUUAAGCCACCUAUACCUCUAAAGUUCUGCUGUUCUUCAUAUCUUCACUCCAUAGCACCUUUUCCAUUGUAACUAUAUGCUUUGCACUCGUUUUAGUUCUCUUUUCAAAAGCUUACUAGAACUGACUUUGCUCAAUUUGUAAUAACCGGGGUUUAAGGCAUGACUCGCCUGAAAUCUACCAGGUUGGUAAGAGCUGGGUAAAAUGAGUAAGCCAGCUUAUCUAGUCCCAUCUCAUACUUUACAGGAUUAUGCUCCGGACAAGUAGAGAUAUAAAAACAUGAGAGGGAUAGAGAGAUUGUUCAGUGGUUAAGAGCAUUUGCUGCUCUUUCAGGGGACCCAACUUUGGAUCCAAGCACCCAUAUUGGGCCAUUCACAGCCAUCUCUAACUCCAUCUCCAAGGGAUCCAGUGCUCCCUUCUGGUCUUUGCAGGCAUUGCACUUAUGUGGUAUGCCCUCACACAGACAGGCACGCAUAUACGUAAAUCAAAAAUAGGGUUUUUUUAUUUUAAUUUAAUUUUGUUUUAGUUUAGAUUUUUGAGACAGGGUUUCUCUGGGUAGCUCUGUCCUAGAAAUCCUUCUGUAGACCAGGCUGGCCUCCAACUCAGAGAUCUGCCUGCCUCUGCCUCCCAAGUGCUGGGAUUGAAGGUGUAUACCACUACAUCUGGCUUUAAAGUAUAUAAUUUUAAAAAGAUAUAUAUAUAUAUGAAGUAUGUCCUUUAAAUUUAUGGUGCUGUGGACCAGAGCCCAUGGCCUUGCUCAAGGUAGGGGAGCGUUUUGCCCCCGGCUACACACACCUUCAUACCCCAUCACUUUCACUGAAUUGUAAUUUGAAAUGUUCCCCAAGCCUAACCACAAACAUAACUUCAGGACCUGUGACCACCUCCCACUGGCUUACCUUUGUCAUACACUUGUCAUCUACCCUAACUUGAAGGGACCUUGAAUUCACCACUAAAACUGAAGUCACUGGUAUUUCUAGAGCAUCCAGUUUUGAUGUCAUGAUACUUUAAAUACAAAAGAAAAAAUGUAAUAGAACCUUUAUUAAUGAGCACCUGGAAACUGAAGGGGAAAUCUCUCAAUGUAAAGCCACUGACACAGAUUUCUGCUCCACUGACCUUUUUUCUUUCCUGUGGUGUGUUGGGUGCUGAGUCAUUUUGUGUAAUUACUAUGGGGCUUUUGGUUGUUUUGUUUUUGCUUCUUCUCUGGGGGAUGGAUUGGUGCUGAACAUAAAUUUCUUUACACAUAGCCCUCAUAAAGACACAACUAUAAAACUCUGCCUUUGGCAGGACCAAAAAGGAGCACAAGCGUGAGCCAGUGGUGACACACGCCUUUGAUCCCAGGACUUGCGAGACAGAGGCAGGCGAUCUCUGAAUUUCAAGGCCAGCCUGGUCUAACAAGUGGCUUCCAGGACAGCUAGGGCUACAGAAAGAGACCCUGUCUUGAAAAACAGACAGAGUACAAGCUUCAGGUGUGAGUUUUACACCUGUAAACAGUGUGCUCCUGAGUAAGGAGCUGGAGGAGGGAUGCUCAGAACCAUUCAUGCUCUGGAGAAACCUGGUCCCCUGUGCCUUUGGUUUUCUGUUACCUCCAAAUGUUUUUCUUUCUUGUGGUGGGGUUGCUGUUGGGAAUCAAACCCAAGGCUUUGACCAUGCUAGACAGGCACUAGAUCGCUGAUUUGAAUGCCCCCUUCCCCUUGCAUUGGUCUCCAAAUUUCUAAUGAGAUUUUUUUUCUAUUUCUCAGAUUAUUUAUGUGUAUACUCCUUCCAAGUGUACAAAAGAAGUUUAAUGCUAAAAGACUUACUGGUGCUUAACAAAAGCUCACAUUCAUAAUAUUUUUGUUUUAAUUAAAUGUGAAUUAAAUUUUACUGGUUGUUUGAUCUCAAAUGUUAUGUAUGACAUUUAUGCUAUUAGAGGAAUGUCUAGUAUUUCUGUAAUUUUUUUUGAAAGAUUAGAUCUUUGGAGACAGGCAUGGUGACAAUUACCCAGAAUACUAGUACUUGAGAAGCUGAGGCAAGGAUUGGUGCAGGUUCAAGGCUAGCCUUCACCUUGAAUAGAAUAAGACCAAAAAAAAAAAAAAAGGCAAGGAAAGAAAGAAAAAUGCAAAGCCAAAAUACUGUGUUAGGUUGAUGGGACAGUGGCAGAAUGCACACUGAGCUUCACACAGGCACCAGGGCACCAGGGUCUGAUUCAAAACACCCAAGUGAAAAAAAAAAAAAUUGGCAAUAAACUGAAGAGAUGGCUCAGUGGGUAGAGGCACUUGCUUCCAAGACCGAUUGAGUCCAGUCCCCAGGUUCCUGCAGGAGGUUCUCUGAUGCCUUCCACAUGCGUGCAGCGGCACACACACAUUCACCACCCUCCAACAAGUAAAUAAAUGCAAUCAAAAUGUUUCAUUAAAAUAAAAAAAUAAAAAGCAUUACCUGUUGUAGAUAGUGUCUCUGGUCAUCUGGAACCUGUAUGAUAUAUGUUGAUGCCUUCAGUCCGAUGGAUUGUGUUUCUUCCAUGUUUUAGGUUUACAAACAUUUCUUUAACAGUUUGAAGUUAACCAGUACAAACGUAUCAGUAUUUGUAUUACCUGGAAAAGGCAACCCAGUUUUUAAUGCAUAGCCUUCCUGAAACAUAAUUGUGUUUUAUUUUAAUGAACUUCUUCUUACAUUUACUUUUUAUACAUGUGAAUAAACUUUAUAUUGAGUAAUA